UUUCGGCAAUGAAGCAUCCUGUAAAAAACGAGAGGAUUAUUUGGAAUGGCCUGAAUAUUUUAUGGCAGUAGCUUUUCUGUCAGCACAAAGAAGCAAGGAUCCAAGUUCUCAGGUUGGUGCCUGCAUUGUAAAUUCAGAAAACAAGAUUGUUGGAAUUGGAUACAAUGGGAUGCCUAAUGGCUGCAGUGAUGAUGUGCUACCCUGGACAAGAACAGCAGCACAUAGACUAGACACAAAAUACCCUUAUGUGUGCCAUGCCGAAUUGAAUGCCAUCAUGAACAAAAACUCAGCUGAUGUAAAAGGCUGCAGCAUGUAUGUUGCCUUAUUUCCGUGUAAUGAAUGUGCAAAGCUCAUCAUCCAGGCAG